CUGUCCUGUCUGGAGCCUUCUUGGACGAUGGUGUGCAUUAUGAGUUAACAAAUACAAACGUAUGAUUAUAGUAUUAGUAUUGUAUUGCGUUAUUGGAUUAUUGUAUAUCUGCGGAGUGUCACCCAAAAUGUCCCCGAUAUUUCAUGCUGGAAUAUAUUUACUGUUGCUCCACAUGCUGACGGUUUUAAUUGUCAAGGUGGACACUGAAGGAAUCAUAAAGUUACAGAGGCAAAAAAGGGAAUGGAUCAUACCACCAAGGAGACUGAAAGAAAAUGUGGAUUACAGACACCAAGUAAUAGCAAAAAUUCGGUCAGAUGAAGAGACAAGGACCUCCAUCAGAUACUCUCUGACAGGACAUGGUGCUGACAAAGAGCCGUUUGGGUUAUUUGUUGUUGAUGCACAGAAUGGGGAAGUCAGAGUAACUCAAAUUUUGGACCGAGAGAAAACGGCAGUUUACAAACUCCAGGGUAUGGCAAAGUUUGCGAAUGGUUCACAAGCAGAAAGAAACGUUGAUCUACGUAUCGUCGUAGAAGACCAAAAUGACAACGAUCCAGUAUUUUCCAUCAUAGAAGCUGGAGCUGUCAGUGAAUUAAGCCAGACAGGCACGUUUGUGAUGAGAAUUACUGCCACAGACGCUGAUGAUCCACAGACUGCCAAUGGUCAGGUAACCUACAGUAUCCUGGAACAGAUCCCAGGUGACAGAUCCAUGUUCUACCUUAUCAAGGAAACGGGCGAGAUUUACGUCCAACAAAGCACUCUAGACAGAGAAAUGCAUACUUCCUAUACAUUGAAAGUUAUAGGCACUGACAUGAAGGGGGAAAAGGGUGGCAGAAUGAGUACAGCAACUGUUUCUAUCAACAUCCUGGAUGUCAAUGACAAUGUUCCCACACUUGAGAAAUCUCACUACGAGGGAAGUGUUGAGGAGAACACAGUCAACGUGGAGGUGAUGCGCAUCAAAGCUGAGGACCUCGACUUAAUAAACACCGACAGCUGGCGCACAGUUUUCUCAAUUGUUUCAGGAAACGAAGCAGGCUACUUCGCAAUCACAACGGACGAAAAGACUAAUGAGGGAGUUGUAACACUGAUCAAGUCCCUCGAUUAUGAACAGCUGAAAGAGGUUAACCUCAGGGUUGCCAUGUGCAACAAAGCAGCCUACCACUCAAGCGUUGUCUUGGCACAAGGUGGCUCCUCCUACCCCAUCAAGAUUAAAGUGAAGAACCAGCCUGAAGGGCCCAGGUUCAGUCCAGUGACAAAAGCCGUCUCCAUCUCUGAGAACAGCAAGGUGGUGUACACACACACCGUUAUCGCCACCUACGCGGCCAUUGACGGAGACACCCUGGUGGCUGCUGAAAACGUUCGGUAUGCCAAAUUGCGUGACCCUGCCAACUGGCUGAUAAUAGAUGAAAAGACUGCAGAGAUUAAACUAAACCAAGUACCAGAUCGGGAAUCCAAGUACUUGAUUAAUGGAACCUAUAUUGCAGAGAUAAUAUGCAUAACAAAUGACAUCCCAGCAAAAACUGCCACUGGGACAAUAUUCUUGGAGGUGGAGGACUUCAAUGACCAUUGCCCCACACUCACCAGCCCGACCCAGACCCUCUGCAGCUACGACGCAGCCCUGCUCGUCUCGGCCGAGGAUGGGGACGCUGACCCUAACGGUCCUCCCUUCCGCUUCCGGGUCGUACCUGAAGGCACAAAGCAGGAGUGGACUGUUGAACCUGCCAAUGACAACACCAGUGUGAUCCUGAGAGCCAAUGAGAAGCUGUGGCCCGGGUGGUACCAGGUGCAGUUAGAUGUGCGGGACCAGCAGGGCCAGGCCUGUGACGAGCCGCAGGUGCUGGAGGUGAUGGUGUGCACCUGUGAGGAUGAGGGGGUGAAGGCCUGUAAGGAGAGGAGCGUGCCUUCGGCCACUUUCGGGGCUCCAGGGCUGGGCUUCCUGCUGCUGGCACUGCUGCUGCUUCUGUUGGUGCCUCUUUUACUGCUGUUCUGUACAUGUGGGGGCAAAGAAUUCAUGAUGAUCCCAUUUGACACCAAACAGCAUCUGAUCGAAUACCACUCUGAGAGACCUGGGGAAGACAAGGAAGUGCCACUCCUAAAAGUUCCCACUGAGGUUGACAGCCCCAUUCAAAUGCAACAUGCUGAGAACAUUGGGGCAGGACAAACUAUGGGAGGGGCGGAAGGGGUAGGUCUGGCGGGGGCAGCAGGGGCAGGCUUCGAGGAGGCAAUGGGGGCAGGUUUCGGAGGCUCAAUGGGGGCAGGUUUCGGAGGCUCAAUGGGGGCAGGUUUCGGAGGCUCAUUUGGGGCAGGUUUUGGAGGGGCAGAUGCUGGCUACAUGUCCUGGGGCUAUAGCGAAGGAAUGCAAGGUUCUGGAACAAAAGGAAGAUACUCAAGAUAUGAUGACUUCAGCAGAGGGGCCUGGGAUGGAAUUGCCCUCACAGAAGAUUAUUUGGAAGAUUACUACACUCAGAAAGCAAACUGUGCAGAAGGUCUGACUGGGCAGCUACAGGAUGGGAUGCGAAUAUACGAGUAUGAGGGUCAGGAAUCUCCCGUGGGAUCAGUAGGGUGCUGCAGCUUCAUAGAUGCUGACAAUAACCUGGACUUCCUCAAUGACCUGGGCCCCAAGUUCAAAACCCUGGCGGAGAUCUGCAGGGGAUCGGCGAUAGAGAUCGACUCCUCGACCACCGCUUCGGCUGGCGCCGUCCACUUCGGCACCAUGUCGUCCUCAUCGUCGACGACGACCCACACCGAGAUCGCUGCCAAAACCACGCUGACCGCUAGCCAAGCUCCACCGGUUAGUGCAGUAGAGAGUGUCAUCAAGGAGAUGAGCUACACCGCCUCGGCUGCCCCUGCCCCCGUCCCCAGGGUGCAGGUGACGGAGAGCGUUCUGGCGUCGGGUUCGGCGUACCUGGUGCAGCCCACACCCAUGGUCUACGCCGCCACUCCGGUCCUGCAGACCACCCGCUACAUCCUGGAGCCCCCAGCCCUCGGAGGCACCCUGCUCCUGACUGACAGGCCAGGGAGCGCCCAAGGUGUGUACGUGGUGAACGAGGCUCCGCGAGCAGGGGAGAUGGUGCUCCUCAGGGAGCAGGUGGGUGCCAGUGCUGGGGCUGGGAGCCUGAACGAGGGACUGGUCUUGGUGGAGCAGCACCGCGUGCUGGGAGACGCCGAGGCCGGGAGGGGCCACACCCUCCUGCGGGUGGGCAGUCCUGGGUCCGCGUCCCAGAACCUGCUGUUGGUGGAGAGUCACAUGACCAUGGAGAGCCAAUUGGAGCAUCCACAGGUGCUUCCACAGGAGAGAGGUGCCUCUCCAUCCCCGAACCUGCUGGUGAUGGAGAGUCACAUGGCCACGGAGAGUCAAUCACCGCAUCCGCUGGUGCUUCUACAAGAGAGGAGUGCCUCUCCGUCCCCAAACCUGCUGGUGAUGGAGAGUCACAUGACCACGGGGAGCCAAUCAGCGCAUCCGCAGGUGCUUCUACAGGAGAGAGGUGCCUCUCCAUCCCCAAACCUGCUGAUGGUGGGGAGUCACCUGACCACGGAGAGCCAAUCAGGGCAUCAACAGGAGAGGAGUCUCUCACCGUCCCCAAACCUGUUGAUGAUGGAAAGCCAGGUGGCCAUGGAAUCAGGGCAUCAGCAAGUCCUUCAACAGGGGCAGAGUCCCUCAGCAUCCCAGAAUCCCCUGCUGGAGGUGGGCACAGGAUCCCUGCAGGGCGGCCAAUCGCAAGCCUCCCAGAACUCUCCGGCUGGAGAGGAAGGUACCUCCUGCGACUCGCAGGAGGAAACAGCAGAGCUCCAGGUGGCUGCUCCGGCCGGGGCCCAUAGGUUGGUCCGGCAGAAGAAACAGAUCUCCUUCACCGAGAGGAGCGUGCAGGAGAUCACCAUCUCCUCUGAGCAGAUCCCCAUCUCAGCUCCUCCACUCGCACUACCAGGGCUCUACAGUGCUCCUAUCUUAUAAGCAUCUGCUCCUGAAAAUCAAUGUGUACCAACUGCAAAAAUGACUUAUGGUAAUUGGGUUGCAUUAGUGUGCUCCUAGAUUUUUCAACCUCCCUUGGGCACGCAUAGCAUAGAGCCCUGUCUCUUUUUUCUUUUUACCAAUGCUUUCUCUCUAAUCCCCAAAAACAUUAAAAAGGUUAUCCAGGCUCAUAGCAUGAUUCCAAAGGGAAUCACGUGGGUACACACUACGGUCUAGACGAGUUAAGAAUGACAUGUUAGGACUAAAUCAGAAUGACUCGCCCAGGGCAGUGUUAAUUGAAGUUGUCUUGGUCUCCUGAACAGCUGGUCAUAUUGCACACAUACACUCAGUGAGCACUUAAGUAUUUAUUACUUAUUUUGUACUUAUUGGUAAAUAACCUCUUAACCUCUUGACCAUGUCUGCAUGCUUUUAUGCAUUUAGUUGCUGCCACAUGAUUGGCUGAUUAAAUACUGGUGUACAGGUCUACCUAAUAAAGUGCUCAGUGAGUGUACUAUGCAUAUUGGGUAAAACAGAGGUGCAAUGGGAAUGCAGAGUUGUUUCUGGAUUUCAUCCCUACAUCUGCUUUGAAUCAUUUACUUAUCCUGGUCUUUCAUUUUACCUGACAUUUUUUGAGAUAAGCCUGCAGGCUGCAAAAAAUGUGACCUUGGUGGAAAAGUGUUUUCGGGGCACGAUAUAGCAUUGAACCAGCUUUAGAGUAUACAGCUGCACAGAAAUGUUCACAAAAUCCAGAAUAAUUCGCUGGGAAAAACCCAAAAGGUACACAGGCUCUCUGAAUCAGCAGAGCUUCAGGGAGGGUUUGGAGAAAUAGUGAUCUAACCUUACCACGUAAUGGGAAUAUAUUCAGAAAAAAUAACUUCGUGAAAAGAUUUAGUGAAUGCUACUGAAAUAUGCUUGGCCGUCACAUAUUAGCACCUUAACAUGAAUACAGAGAGCACUUGCUUUAAUACUCAAACCAGCAGAAAUGGCAUGUGACUGUCAGAUAAAGUAUGCGUUUUAAACCCAUGCAUUUCGUUAGACAUUUUUACACUUUUUUUUCUGAUUUUUCCCUUUUUCUCCCAAUUUAGUAGCCAAUUGUACCUGCAAUUGCAAUUGCAACCGCCAGUCUGCUGCAUCUUAGCCUGUUGCGCCACCGCAGCCCCUUGUUCCACAUUUUGUAACACACCAAAGUAUGUGGUGAACAGAUUCUUGGGUGGUUAUCUUUUCCACAAACAUUAAACAUUGGGGAUUUUCUCGAGGGGUAUGACUUUUUUCCAUAUACUGCCAACACAUUGGCAAUCUCUAUUUUCAGUGUGAAUUGAAGGCUGUUCUGAUAAUAUUUUGUUUAACACCUAGCAACACUGCAAGAUAUGUCAAAUAAACUGUCAGUAUAAAUGGACAAUAUAUUGCUAUUCAUAUUGAGAAAUGUUGUGACACCUUUGUUGAGUAGUGUAUUGAAAUAUAUUAUAAAACAGUCAAUAUGUUACCAUGUAUUAUAAAUAUUAUAUUAUAAUAUUAGAAAUAUAUUGUGAUAUAUUUUCUGUGUGUUAUAGUAGUUAGGACAGUUAUUUUGCAGUUGUGUUAGACAAGAGGACAUGUAAAUAGGUUUACUGCAAUGUCACCUUCAAGUGCAGGCAGUUACUGGAACCUGCUGAAAUGUCACAUCAGACACCCAGGUAAGGGCUGCAAGCUAAUGCUAAAACAUUCAAUUUCUGCAGAUUCUCGUUUGAUUUGUAUUUAUAAGGGAGUUGAAUUUUGUCUUUCUUUAAAUUUGAAUUGACAACAUGAGAACACCAUUCAUGUACCUGUCACUGUAUACUGCAUGCUGAUACCCGCCUCCCCCAAAAAUAGGGUUUAAUGAUUGUGUGGCCUAUGGGACAACUAUACAUUUCUUCUAAUUUUCUCUUUGUUUAUGCUCAUGAAUGUUUCAAUUAUGUUGGGGCUUAUUACGCAUUUUUAUGUCUUCCAUGAUCCAGAUCUGAAUUUUAAUGGAAAAUUACUUCCAAAUCUUUAGUUAUGUAGUAAAUGUAGAAAAUUGUGGAAUCAAAUAUAUUUUUAUACUUUUUUCUUCUGUGAAACAAUAUUGUCCAGUAUUUCCUUUUAUUCACAAUGGUGUAUUUGAAAAAUAAAAAUAAAAUUGAUAUUGUUUUACUGUUAUGAAAAGUUUUUUUUUUUUAUGAAGCAAAUGGGUGGCAGUAUCACGCAUCUGUCAGCUUUAAUCCUGGAAUGUCUGUGCACUUAACAAUUAAGCAACAAUGUGCCGUAUAUCUCUAAAUAAAGUGUUUCAGUGAUA